GUUUGAUAAAUAAUGGCUUGAUCGGCUUGACCCAUGGCACCCAUCAUAGAGUUUAGGAAACUCUAUGGCACCCAUGGCUUGACCAUUGGCAGUAUAUAGGUGUUCUGUGGCUUGAACACUUCGAAGUGUGAUCAUGGUGUAACCAAGGGGUAACAUCGGGAACGUAGUGCUGCUGACUGAAACAUCAAGGCACCAAGAAACACCACGAAAUAUAGGUGUUCUGUGAUAAUGCGAUUCUGAAUUACGGUCUUCAACACUGCCAUCGUGUCAUCGUUGUACGUGCGUCGUAGUGCGUAGUGGCUUUUGGAUGACCGGCAUUUGAAGCAUUGCAAUGACCGAUAACGACUCUAGUUUGGAAGAAUGGGAAGCGCCGGACAAGUUAUUUCGCAAGAUAAUUGUAAAGGCUGGGCACAUAGGGAAAAGGCCUUUGCAUGAGUCGACUUGCCAGUGUAACGUUUUAUCGGACGAGGAAGGAAUUGUUGGUCUUGGAAGUGACGUUCGAACUAAAACUUUAGUCGUCGGGGAUGUUUCGAGCGAAGUGGAACUGAUUCUCGAAAGAUGUUUGAUGACAAUGAACACUGAAGAGGUUUGCGAUGUAUCGUUUACCUUACCGCUAAAUAUUACAGUGCCGUACGUUCCAAAAGCUGCCUACCUCUGCAGUGAAACCGAGCCGGCGGCGGACUUCGUCUCCCGCGCACAAGGGAACGCUUCGAAGGAUAGCCGUAAGGAAGCUGGCGAUGUGUUGCUGAGCUGUAGAGUGCCACCUGAGAAGACUGAAGUGGUCCCUAAGAGCUACACAGUUCGAAUAGAACUGAAGACGUUCACUAUCGUACCCCAUGUCUGCGAUAUGACUUGUGCCGACAAGCUGCAAUAUGCUUGUGGACACAAGGAUAAGGGCAGUCAGUUAUUCUCUGCAAAAAACUACAGGUGGGCCUUCAGACACUUUAGCUGGUCAUACAAGUACGUAAUUUCAUUAGAGCACGAUGAUGUGCACGGUGAUGUGGCCACACAGCUAAAACUAGACAUUCAAGAUUUGAAGCUGAAGUGUCUGCUAAACCUUGCAGCCUGUCAGCUACAGAAUUAUUCCUAUGACCAUGCCGUUGAGAAUUGCACACAUGCACUGGAGAUAGACCCAAAUAAUGUCAAAGGCUUGUACCGGCGUGGCACUGCACUAAUUCAAUUACAAGAAUAUGAGAGAGCAAAAUGUGACCUUGAGCGGGCAAAGAGUUUGGACACCAAAAAUCCCGCUAUUGAUAAACAGUUGGAGAUUCUUAAGGAGCGUACUUGCAAGCUAAACAAGUAUUUUGCUGUAGCCAUGAAGAAACUGUUUGAAUAAAGCCAUGGGAACAAGUGCAAUGUACAGACAUUUGUUGUUCCUGUGAAGAGAUUAAUGUGCAUUGCACCAGCAUGGUUCACAGUACCACUUAAAUUUAGGAAGUGUGGUAGGCAUGUUUCAUAGCACGUGCGUGCCAUAAAAGAAAGCUUCACAUAGCGUGCAUGUCAUUUUCAGGCAUGUGGAUCAAAUGUAAUGUGAAAUCAUAGAUGCUCUCUGCAUUGAAAGCAACCACAAUCAUUGCAUUUCCACCCCAUUCAUCUGUAUCCAUGAUUGUGAAAUAAGCCUCCUCGAACAAUGUGACAAAUAUCUGUAAUGUGAGUGUGCAUGCGCAGUUGGACUGCUUGCAUUUAUUUCGUUCUGUAUAACAAAUGCGACAGUUGUUAGUUCCACACCUGUCCUGUGUCCUUCCUUGUUAUGUUGCUAUCAUUUUGUACUAUUUUUAUCAUGAAGAAAACUGGCCGAGUUUUGUGUGACAGUGUGGGACUAAUAUUAGGAGGAUAUUGGGUGUUGCACUUUGGUCAUCCGUGCGGGGCCUCUUCGAUCGUUUUUUACAUGACUAAUAAAGUAAAUGUUAUGUCACUGGUUAAAUAAAACGACCUUCUGAGCUAGUUGGUUCAUGGUUCUUAAUAAGAAAGGCAUGGCUAAAAAAUGCAGACACUAAGGAAACAAUGAGUGCCUGUCUGACAUUCUGAAUUUCUACAAAGUUGAAUAAUUGAAACACAAAAAUGAAGUGAGUCCCCACUUUGCUUUUUUUUACUUUGUAACCGAAGUGGAUUGAAC